AUGUCGGCUGUCGCUUGUAAGCAUCUUCGUCCUCGAAGGUUUGCGCCUCUUGAUCCAGCGCAAACGUCAACUGCUCCUCCGUUGAAGGGAAUUGUGUUUGAUGUGGAUGGCACUCUGUGCGCAAUCAAGACUUCGUUUCUGAGACUAUGCAGAGAAGCACUAGGAAUUGACCGCUCCAUCGACAUCCUCCAACACAUCCGAGACUUGCCCGCAGCAGAUCGCGCCGAAGCUGUAUCCAAAGUGCAAGCCGUGGAGCGCCGGGCAAUGGUAGACCAGCAGCCGCAGCCGGGCCUGGUCAAAUUAAUGGAUUAUCUCCAGUCCCGCGGGCUCCGACUGGCCCUCUGCACACGCAACUUCGAAGCACCUGUCAAGAACCUCCUUGACAAUCACCUCCCUGCUCAUGUAUUCUUGCCAAUCAUCACGCGGGAUACACCUAAUAUUCUACCCAAGCCCGAUCCGGCGGGUAUCUUGCACAUUGCAAGCGAGUGGGGGUUGGCUAAUGGGGAGAACUUGAUUAUGGUCGGUGAUAGCAUUGAUGAUAUGACGUCUGGCCAUGCGGCUGGAGCUGCAACAGUAUUGCUUGUAAAUGAGCACAAUAGGCACUUGAGUGAACAUCCACAUACAGAUCUCUGCAUCUCGCAGCUGGAUGAUUUAGUGAACGUCUUAGAGGGUGGGUUCCUUGGGACAAAGGAGAAUGAUGAUCAUGCCAAGUGA